GUUACCACAACACACCGGGCUGUUGCCUAGCGAUGCUGUGCAUUAAAGCACCCCCUUGCACUCGCACCUGACACAACCUCCCCAGCCACUCUUCUCAGGUGAACAAGGGACUUUUUGCAGAGCUGAAAACAUGCGUGAAUGUAUCUCUGUCCAUGUUGGUCAGGCCGGUGUCCAGAUAGGCAAUGCAUGCUGGGAGCUGUACUGCCUUGAGCAUGGCAUCCAGCCGGACGGUCAGAUGCCCAGCGACAAGACCAUCGGAGGAGGAGACGACUCCUUCAACACCUUCUUCAGUGAGACUGGAGCAGGCAAGCAUGUUCCCAGAGCUGUCUUUGUGGACCUGGAGCCAACCGUCAUCGAUGAGGUCCGCACAGGCACCUACCGCCAGCUCUUCCAUCCUGAGCAGCUGAUCACUGGAAAAGAGGACGCAGCCAAUAACUAUGCUCGGGGUCACUACACCAUCGGGAAAGAGAUUAUUGACCUGGUGCUGGACAGGAUUCGUAAACUGGCUGACCAGUGCACAGGGCUCCAGGGUUUCCUCAUCUUCCACUCCUUUGGAGGAGGAACCGGUUCAGGCUUCACCUCUCUGCUGAUGGAGCGUCUCUCUGUCGACUACGGCAAAAAGUCCAAGCUGGAGUUUGCCAUCUAUCCAGCUCCUCAGGUGUCCACUGCCGUGGUGGAGCCCUACAAUUCCAUCCUGACCACCCACACCACCCUGGAGCACUCUGACUGCGCCUUCAUGGUAGACAAUGAAGCCAUCUAUGACAUCUGCCGCAGGAACCUGGACAUCGAGCGCCCCACCUACACCAACCUCAACAGGCUGAUUGGACAGAUCGUCUCCUCCAUCACUGCCUCCCUGCGUUUCGAUGGCGCCCUGAACGUCGACCUGACAGAGUUCCAGACCAACUUGGUGCCCUACCCUCGUAUCCACUUCCCUCUGGCCACCUACGCCCCAGUUAUCUCUGCAGAGAAGGCCUAUCACGAGCAGCUCUCUGUAUCAGAGAUCACCAACGCCUGCUUCGAGCCAGCCAAUCAGAUGGUGAAAUGCGACCCUCGUCACGGCAAGUACAUGGCCUGCUGCCUCCUUUACCGUGGAGACGUGGUGCCCAAGGAUGUCAACUCUGCCAUCGCCACCAUCAAGACCAAGCGUACCAUCCAGUUUGUGGACUGGUGUCCCACAGGCUUCAAGGUGGGCAUCAACUACCAGCCCCCUACGGUGGUUCCUGGUGGAGACCUGGCCAAGGUGCAGAGGGCCGUGUGCAUGCUGAGCAACACCACCGCCAUCGCAGAGGCCUGGGCUCGCCUGGACCACAAGUUCGACCUCAUGUACGCCAAGAGGGCCUUCGUCCACUGGUACGUCGGAGAGGGCAUGGAGGAGGGAGAGUUCUCUGAGGCCAGAGAGGACAUGGCCGCCCUGGAGAAGGAUUACGAAGAGGUCGGAACCGACACCGUCGGCGAUGAGGGAGAGGAAGAGGGGGAGGAAUAUUAAAUUUGAAAUAAAACCAUAAUUUCUGUGUCAAUAUGUUUCGAACAAACUAUUGCACAAUGAAUUGUCCAACUGUCAACAUUUAGACAUGACGUAGAGUGAGAACAUAUGAUAUAUCAUAAAAUGUGGGUCUCUGCUUUUCUGUCUUUAUUCUUUAUUGAUUAUCUAUCUUUAAUUGUUUUGUUUUUUUUACAAAAAUG